GUGUGGUGUAUUCUGGAUGCAGGGCUACGGCUACCCGGAUAAGACUCCUUCUCUCUCGUUGCGUGAGAUUGAAGAUACCCAGUAUCCUUCCCAGGCAUUAGGAGCACUAGUCUAUCAUUUCCUAAACUCACCUACAAAUUCAUUUGAAAGGUUGUGCCUAUCAUUGUCACCGGCUCUCCAAAGUUAUCAAUCGAUUUCGAGUGACGUAGCAGGCAGUGCAAGGUACUUAUGA